AUGGUGGUAUUUAACGACUUUUGUAUUAUACUUCCAUAUGAUAUCAUACAAUCCAUUCUGUCUCAAUUGGACCUUAAGGAUAUAUUGGUGUGUUUGCAAGUAAGCAAAACAUGGAGGGAUAUAACUCUUGAUACUCCUUGUCUAUGGUAUGAUCUGGAUUAUGAAUCCAUCAAUAUCUCUCCUUGCUUUGAUUUCCGUCUAUCUUCCGCACGACGCUUAACACUAGCUAAAGGCACCACCCAAGAACUCAUAACACGGACCUUUGAUACUAUAAUAUCAUCUAAUUGCCAUUCGUUCCGAACACUAGAACUUAGUAUGCCAUGCGACAUUGGAAUUCUCUUCAAGACAAUAGAGUCUCUCAGAUCAAGUCUUACUCAUCUCCGAUUGGACAACACUUCCCUACCUCUCGAUAUUUGCUUUAAUACUCUCUUACCAAUAACUCAACUAACUCACCUCAGUCUGCGACAUUGUGCUUGGUCUUCAAAACGUACCUUUAUCAAUGAUCCAAAAUCAUCCCAAUUGCUUUCUCUAAAAGUCCUCGAUCUAUCUUAUCUUGACUGGCGCUAUGUUCGUAGUGGCUGUCUUGUUAGUGUUUUGAGGAGGUGUCGCUAUCUACAACAACUGGUCCUAUAUGGUAUCCGAAUUGACGCGUUUUGCCCAAUACUUCGCCUUAUGGAAGAGUCAUGGCCCGAUCUUCAAGGUUUUCACUAUGAUCCCUACACCAAUCUACUAGAUCACACUUGGCUUCCUAGCUCUAACAAUGUCAAGCAGCUGUCAUUACGGACAUGUAAAGUACGCUCAGAUGUUCUCUCCGAUGACUUAGUCAAUUCUGUGGCCCGUAUAUCCCACCAUUCCCUUUACAAACUGGACAUCAGUCGCAACUGGCAUCUCACCGACAGAUCUUGCUCUGUGUUUGCUAGUUUUGGAUUGCCUUGUCUCAGAGAACUCAGCUUAUUUCAUUGUUCUUGCCUUAGUGAGUCCGGCUUGAGUGCUUUGUUAUUGGCAUGUCCAGUAUUGACUUUCGUUGAUAUGUCUUAUUGUCAAGGUGUUACGGAUCAAGUUGUAAACGUGUUAAGUAAACUGGUUCUUGUCCAGUAUGUAAAUAUGUCGAGUUGUCCUUAUAUCACUUCAAGUAGUGUAAUGUCACUUGUGAAUCAGAACCAAAAGUUGAAGCAAUGUUUGGUUGAUAAUUGCAGUUUAGUGAUAAGAGAAAAAUUGGUAUGUUUUGUAAAAACGCUGAUGAGAGAAAUUCGAUUAUUCUUCCAAGAAUAA